UUAAAAUUUUUCAUCGGUUUCUUUACUGUUACAUUGAUGUUGUUAGGUUUGUCGCCAAAUACACUAUCCCUGCGCCAACGCCGUUUUUACACUUCGUACAUAAUGACAGUAUAUUCGCUGGUCAUAACACUGGUGUUUACAAUAUCUUAUGGUCACGAUGUCAUUAACGACUUACGAACAGGCCAGUUCGAUUUGAAAAAUGCAGUUAAAUUGUAUAGUUAUAUGAAUAUUUUAGCGAGCAUUAUAAGCUACUUAACCGCCCUCUUUCUAACAAGGAUUUGGGCGCAAUCUCUGAAUGGCGUCGCAUUGUUUGAGACUAUGCACUUCUUUGAUGUGAGUGCAAGGAUGGUAGUGAGUUCCAAUAGACUAGUAUUUCUUAAAAGUUUAUUAAUACCCAUUAUGCAAGAAGUGACUUUGAUACUGCAACAAAUGUAUAAUGAACCGGACAAGAAUCUUAUGUGGACUUUAUAUACUCUUCUGCCAAUGAUAGUGUCACAAAUGUUUCCCAACAUCUUUUUUGGGACUUUGGUAAUUAGCAAAAUGCUUGUGACAACAUUAAAUGAACAUUUAGGCGAAGUUGUCAAUGAAGUCAAUUGCUUGCAGACCGCCUUGCAGAUGAGUUUACACAAGCCAUUCUAUCGCAUGCAACGUUUCUGUGAACUAGCUGACCGUUUGGAUUUACUUGCACAAAAAUACAAAAUUAUUUGCGAGCAGACAACAAAACAUUUGCAGUUACAUUCUGUUCCACUAAUUUGCUCUUUGAUGUGCAAUUUAUGUGGCAUCACAGCUAGUUGCUUUACGCAGUAUUUAGCAAUUGCCGAUACAUUGGUUAACAAUGAGCCUUAUAACGUUUUCAAUGCUUUAACAAAUGCAGUUUUUCUGGUGAUAUCGGUGUUCGAGGUGUUAUUGCAAGCGCAGAUCUGCGAUGAAAACCGGCUGAAGGUGCAGGAGACAGGGUUGAUUCUUCAACGCAUUAGCCUUACACAUGCAGACGUGCGAUUCAAGCAAUCGGUAGAAGAAUUUUCUUUGCUUGUUCUUGUAAUCAAAUAUAAAAUUCAGCCCCUCGGCCUCUUAGAAAUAAAUAUUUCUCUUUUCCAAGAUGUAAGUUUAUAUGAAGGUUCUAUCGGCGGUAACGGGCUUUCUACUCAUAUUCGUACAAAGCGAUCUUACGUUGCGCUUUUCAUUGAAGUAAAAAGCAAUAGAUAUACUACAUACAUAUGUGUAAACAUUGCGUGAAAUAUUUUGUUUGCAUACCUGACUGAACUGCAUGAGGUUAUCCGACUAUAAAGUAACAAAAAAAAAAGGUUAUCAGCAUACAACUAAUUAAGCGAUUGUAAUCAUUUAGUCAACUUACAUUAAGCCCUUGCAGGUAUGAAUACGGCUCAUCACUUGGUCUGCAAAAUAUAACAAAAGUAAGAUAUUGUUCAAGGUCGACAUGCGCACAUUCACACUUACAAAAGAUCCUCU